AUUGAUGAGCUGCUGAUUCUUAGUUUCUUGGGGUUGGCAACACAGCUCAGAGAUCACAUUAAAAACAUGUCAAAAUUUUCAAUCUAACUUGUACCUUCUAUUUAUUUUAUAUAACGCAUAGUAAAAAGUAUUUUAAUUCCACAAAGCCUGAAAAAUAAAAUAAAUUAAAAAUGGCAAACGAAGAACCAACAGAUCUGGAUUGGAUACAAUUACGCCGAGAAAUGGGACCGGCUCACCAUGUUGAAACUAGUAAAGAAAAAUUUGUACGAAAAUUUGGUGAAAAUCCGUUUGUUCCUAUAGGUUGCCUUGCUACUGCUGGGGCAUUAUCAUAUGGUUUAUGGUGCUUUCGUACUGGCAGAACUAAACUAUCACAACAAAUGAUGCGAGCUAGAAUUGUCGCACAAGGAUUUACAAUAACUGCUUUAGUUGUUGGUGUUGUAAUGACUGCUGGAAAAACUUUGAAGUAAUUAGCAGCUUUAUAAUUAAAAAAACAAAAAUAUAUAUCUAUUUCAUCAUAGUGGUAAUAAAUUUUAAUGGAUGAUAGUAAUGAUACUAUUUACAAUAUUAUGUAAAUUAACACAAAUAAAGUCUUAAUAUUCUCAUAUGAA